GUGCACAUACAUACACGGUCUGCUCUAGAUAUAGCAGUAGAGAUAAUGUCCCCAGUAUGACGCAAUUCACGUGAUACGUCUAGCGCGAACAGCGACUUGGCAAGCUCUUGAUCCGUCGAGUACGUCUAAUGGCAACAUAGCUCUAGAUGCUACAGCAGGAAUUCUAGCUAAGAUUGUUGAAAUACAUAUGCACUUUGCAAGAUAACUAGAGUUUUAGAUUUAGUUGGUGGUGCCAUUCUGGCCGCCAUCCAGCCAAUCACGAGAGCUAUCUAUCACGAGAUUCACGCCAACGCAAUGCAUCACAUUCCAGUACCACUCUCGCUGAGGAUCGGAUACCUACGAUACAAAGUCUCUUGUCCACAAGACUGCGGCAGCAAUGUCGAUAUUCGUACGGAGCCACAGGCUCGUACGUUUGAUGUUGGCGUUUCUUCUACUGAUUGCGCUCUGUCUUCUCGUGUUGACCUCCAUAUAUGAAAUUGCGAGCGACGAUGGCAACACUCAAUCUGCAACCGAAAUUUCUGAAUCGAUAUGGUAUGGAUGCAAAGAAUUCAUAGGAAUGGAAGCAUUUUAUGAGAAUGAUGAAGAUGCAAACCUGCCACCUUUGGCCUGCAAAGAGGAUGCACUUUCACGUUUAGUGCAAGUUCUAACUCAUAUAAAAAUAAACAAGACCACAAAGUCGAUCAAUGACACCAUGGAAGGAAGAAAUAGUACCAGAAUAACUUGGAUCAUAGUUUCCUUCAGUGUAAUAUCCGUAAGUGCCACAAGCCACUGCAAAGUCUAUAGGACAUUUCGUUCCGUACUCAACAAGCUGGUUCAUUUACUCGCAAAAGUAUUUCUUCAAGAACAGAAAUUUGUAGUGCCCUGUCACCUGACGACAGCAGUAACUGAAGAUUACUUUCAAUGUCCAGCAAUUCAAGAUACUAAUUGGCUACAGUCGCCAGACUUUGUCAUAAUCUAUGCCAUCAUCUGUCAGCAAGAGCUAAAACUUGAUUCUGAUGAUUAUAUCUGGAAUAAGCUAACAUCGUCCAGCCAUAAUUUGUUUGAAUCAGACGACACUCGCUCUCAGACGUGUGAUGUGUGCUGUCAGCCAACCCAGCUGCAGUGUAUAUCCGUGCGUGCUUGUGGGAAAGAUGGCUCUCUGCCUCAACUUCCAAUGAAUCCUCCGAGUGAUGGAGGAACUCAUUCGGACAAUGCUAAUGAUGCACAACUGGGUCCAUCAGUUCUUCAAAUGAAAGGAACGACAAUACCAGAUGACCAACCAAGUAACGGCAACCUUGUGAAUACCAGUAGUGAUAAUUGUUGCCAUCGUGAUGGAACACGAAUAGAAAAAUGUGUGGACUACAAAGAAAGGUGUGAUGCUGCAAGAGAAACUAUCACAACUGAUGCAAGUUCUGUAGCAUGUUUACCUCAAGAUGACAAACACUUUGUUCACCUGGCACUCUUUGGCGUAUUGUUUCAACAAGACGUCGGAAGCCGACAAACCCUAAAACUUGAGUUGCAUAUGCUGGAGUCAAUCGACACCCUCAAAAAGCUCAUAGAUAUCUACAAAAAAUCAGACCCUUCAUCCAAACUUAUAGCUGGACCUUCAAAUGCCAUUGGUAUCAAUCGUUCUAGCAACAUGAAACUUGAAGUUGUGAACAAGGAUUUUUGGAUUGUAAAGAAUACACCUGAAGAGCUGCAAACACCACUCAACAACAUCUGGGCUGCAAAACACUUCUUCAAAUUUCCUAAUUCAAUGUUUCUGGAAUAUGUUGGCACAGCUCAAUAUCGCCCAGAGAUUGUCAUCGCUGUUAACUACUCUGGUAACACAGAAACGCUAACUGGCCAUCCAUCUAUGCAGCCACAGCAAACUUCAAGUACUGCCAUCGGUACUACUGUCAGUGGACUAAACUUUGAGAUCAGUGGAGCAAACAAUGUGUUUGCUGGACAGAAUGUGAAUGUCCACAAUCACUUUUGGCAAGAAACCUAAGUGUAACACUGUCUACAAACCAAAGGGCCAAUUCUCUGUGAAUUGGGUUAUCAUCUAGCUUUCAAUUCAUCUCUUCAAUCUUGAUGUUCCUCAAUGCAAACAUUUGUUGUACAAGUCUGUUGUUUUAGUGUCUGACCUACUUACUACUCUUUUGGCUUUCACAAUCAAACUUUUGUGACCAUCCGUACUCAAUAACUGCUGCUAAAAUUUUGCAAUUUGCGUAAAUGUUAGGUGGAUAGUACCUAUAGUUUUAGAACUUUGCUUCAUUGUAUUUGCAAUUAUUGAAUAAUGUAGGACAUUUUGUUAUAAACACAAAUUCAUAGACUCACUAAAUCUAGUAAUUUGCUAAGCUAUUGGU